AUGCUGCCAGCGUAUCAACCGCCGCCACAGAUUGGUGGGCGCACAGCCAAUGGGUACGUCAUGAAGCAUCCCUCGUUACGAAUUGCGACUUGGAUUGUUUGAGGCUUCCUCUGGGGAGCAUCAGUAAGCUUCUGGUUGGGAAGGGAUCUGGCAUGUCGAUAUCCGACCACGUGUGGGCGUUGCACGCGCAAACGAGGGAGCUGCAAAGCCAGGCGAUGUAGACGAAGCAUAACAAAGAAAGACCCUUCGCAGACCUCCGCGGCAGGAACACCAACACUACCCUUACCUCCCAUGCACCUUACCACGCGGCGUCAGGCACGAUAUCUCAGUCAGCACCUGCAUUCCUGAGCUACGGGCCAACACUGGCUCCUGUCUCGCCCGUAGCAGUCUGACCUCACGUCUUGCACCGGCGACACGACAACACCAAAAUGCCUCCUAACCGCCGCUCUGCUCGCACUGUCUCCUCAACUUCUGCCAGAGACUCGGCACCUCCAUACACACGGGCUAACACACGCACCAGUCCCAACGCUUCGCGAUCUUCUGCCUCUAUAGCUCGCCCCGCGAGCGGCAAGAGCUCACUACGCCUGACGGUCAAGGCGCCGCCCAGUAAGCUUCGCCAAGCAACGUCAGGCGCAUCAAUACCGCCCAAUCCAUAUGCAGAAGCAAGCGAAAGCGAUACUACUCCAGCUCCUCGCGCGGCCAGGGCGACUCGCAACCCUAGAACGGUCGUUGAGCCAGACUCUGACGAAGACGACGAAGACGCACCUGGUGAGGCAGAGGAAGACGAAGACGAGGAGGAAGAGGAAGAUGACGCGGAGGGUGAACAAGAUACCGAGAUGAUGGAUAACGAGGAGAGUGAGGAAGACGCGGACGGCGAGGACGAAGAUAUGGAAGACGAGCAUCCGCCUCCUCCAGUGAUCCGGCAAGAACGAGCUACCGGCAAAUCAAAACCUAGCGUCACCGUGAUCGCGCCGUCGGAAGGCCCACUAAAGUCUGUCGAGGAUAAGGAAAUGGAGGAUGAGGACGAUGACGAGGAGCUAUCGGAUCUGGAGUCGGACGACAUCCUUCAAGGACAGAACAAUGAUGAAGACGAAGAGGAAGACGAGCUUGACAGUGAUGCGGAAGACGAGAACUCCCGUAGUGCCACACCGGACCUCAGCAAGUUGACCAGGCGGCAGCGUGGUGCCUUCGAGGAAGAAACUGUCACAGAUGGGUUGAUGUCACUAUCAAACGAGGCGCAGAAGAAGAAGCACCUCACCGCCGAAGAACAUGCCAUGCGUAGGGCCGAGAUGGCACGACGGCGGAAGAACCUGAGCGAGAAGCGGAACGAAGAGGAGAAGGUAAGAUGACCUCCGCAAUCACUUGUCUGACCGUGCUGAUUAUGGUUGCAGAUGGACACAAUCAACAAGCUCCUACAGAAACCGGCUCCCAAGCGCCGGACGCGAGCGGAGAUUGAGGCUGCCAAGGCCGCAGAGAGAAGUCCUGGCGCCGAAGACGAGUACGAGAAGGCCGAUCCUCUGUACGUGCGCUGGGUGAACACCAGCAAAGGUAGCUAUAUUGGAGUGCCACAAGAAUGGCUCGAUGCGCCUAUCGGUGAACAGCUCAGAAAGCCUGGUGGCAUGAUUCAGGAGGUAGCUUGA